UAAUCAAAAUCACAAUGUUUUUUUCCUGCAACAUUGCAUGUUCUGAACUCAUGGCCUUGUCUCUUGCCAGCCUGAGCUGAUAGCUGCACUUAAACUGAGUGCUUCUCUUCUCCCUCGCCUAUAAAUCGAUCAGCUGAGCACCAGCACUUCAUCAGUCCACCAGCAAGACAAGCACUACACCUAGUAGCUGAACGCCACCUGAUACAAAGAUUCUAUGAACAUUCAGCCAGGAAAGUAGGAGAAGCAACUAUGAUCAGUGCGAAGAGACUCGUUCAAAUGGCGAAGAAGUGGCAAAGAAUGGCGGCCCUCGCGAGGAAGAGGCUCACGCUGUCGACGACGGCGAAAGAAACCGAAGGAUCGUGCGGCACCUCAAUAAUGUCAGUGGCUGGAAAGGGCCACUGCGUCGUCUACUCCGCCGACGGCAGGCGGUUUGAGGUACCUUUGGCGUACCUCGGCACGGCAGUCUUCGGUGAGCUCCUGAGGAUGUCGCGGGAGGAGUUCGGGUUCGCGAGUGACGACGGCAGGAUCACGCUGCCCUGCGAUGCCGUAGCGAUGGAGUACGUGAUGUGUUUGCUUAGGAGAGAUGCCUCUGAAGAGGUUGAGAGGGCGUUCUUGAUCUCCAUGGUUAGGCCUUGCCACCACACUUUCAGCAGCGUGGCGCCAUCGAUGAGACUCAUGCGGCAAUCAGCUGUUUGUAUAUAGCUCAUUAGCUCCUGAUGUACAUAGUUUUUGUUCAACGGGAUGUAAGAUUCUUGAAUCGAAGGAAAUGGUACCCAAAAAAAAAAGAUAUUGCAAGCUCGCUGAUCUUGGCAAGUGAGUGACAAGUGAUAAGAUUAUCCUUUUCAUCUCUUUUCUGAACUCGUCUCGUUGCAUGGCACAGGAGAAACUAGAAAGAAGAC